UGUGCUUCGUGCUUGUACGGGUUCUUAUUAACCUUGCUUCCUGCUGGAUUACAUCCUAUCUUGCCGUUCCUUUCAAGCACCACCGUGUUGCUAAAUUCUUUCUUUUGGCUUCGCUCCAAACAUGGAUCGAUGUAUCCACCUUCUACGACAUGAGCGAUCGCACUGGCCCGUGCACCUUCUUGUUGUUCGACCUCCGCCAAGCAUUUGGACAACCAUCAAGACUGCCGUACUGGUCAUCUCCAUCCUGAGGCUUCUCGCCGGAGUUUCAGCUUUUCUGAUUUUCCGCCUGAGAAACAGGUCAUUGAACGGCUCUCCAGAGCGCACAAGGCGAUAUUGGCAGGUGUUUCGGUCGACUAAUUCAGAGGCGUCAGCCGCUGCGUAGCCCGAUUACCCCUUCAGCGCGAGACGUACCCCAUGCGGCAUUUCUGCUGUAUACCACCAGUCACGCAAGCUACCCUGCCUCGCAUCCCCACAAUGGCCGUAGCUCCU